CCUCCUGCCAUGGACGCUAAACAGGAUCCCUACACCUGGGAAGGUGCAACUGGAUGGCGACAAUAUCGAAUGUUAAGACCGGGCCGUGGCAUGUACUACGAUGUCAAAAGACGACUACCAUAUUACUGGAGCGAUAUCAGAGAUGCUUUCGCAUGUACUUUGUCAACGCUAGCAUUCUUACUAGACAUGGAACGUCACACUGAUGGCUUUUUUGGUGUGAACGAGGCGUUGUUCUCAUCCGCUCUUGCCGCAAUUGUGUUCAGUACCUUGGCUGCUCAACCAUUGACUAUUGUCGGUAUCACUGGUUUAAUCUCUCUUUUCAACUACACCAUCUACGACAUCGCGGUGAAGCAGGGUAUUCGCGAUCUUUAUCCGGAGUUCCUGGCAUGGGUCUCUAUCUGGGCUGCCAUCACACAUUGGAUUGCAUCGUUUGGAAACCUUUGCGAUUACAUGCGAUUCAUCACCGAUUUCUCAAGCAAUGCUUUCGGCAUGUAUNUCAAGGGUGUUCAAGAACUCAUUGCCCAGUUCACUGAGAGCACGCAUGAGGCCGGCUUCUUGAGCGUUGUUGUUGCAUUAUGCUAUUGGGCUACAGUAUAUGCCCUGGAAAUGCUUCCUCAUACCGUGGUCUUCAGCCCAGUCACCCGCAAGCUGCUAUCCGAUUAUGCGUAUCCGCAAGCAGAUGUGCUCACAUUACCUCGAACCAGAGCCUUCUAUCCCACAGUGGAUCGCAGCUGGUUGAUUCAUUUCUGGAACCUGCCUGUCAAAUGGGUCUUCGUCGCUUUGCCCAUUGGUAUACUCGUAACCUUGUUGUUCUACUAUGACCACAACGUCAGCAGUAUCGGCGCUCAAGCAAGACAAUACCCCCUUAAGAAGCCCGCUGGUUUUCACUGGGACUUUGCGCUUCUCGGAGCCACGUGUUUCAUCGCUGGUAUCAUUGGCAUUCCUCUUCCCAAUGGUCUGGUUCCCCAAGCACCUGUACACACAGACUCCUUGACCGAGUACAAGGAUAAACUCGUCGUCAGCCACGAAACCGAGGACGACCAUGGCCGACCUAUAGAGCGCAGAAAGAAGGUCUUCGAAGCCGAGAUGGUGGUCGAGCAACGCGUCAACCAUUUCCUCAUGGGUCUCGCCAUCGUAGGCACAAUGACUGGCCCCCUUCUUAUCGUUCUCUCAACAAUGCCUCGUUGUCUUUUCUGUGGUGUCUUCUUCGUCGUCGGCUGGGGCUCUAUCGAAGGCAACGGCAUGACGCAGAAAGUUGUUUUCCUCAUCAAGGAACACCGCUUCAUCGACCCGUCAGACCCGCUCCUGCAGGUUCCGAGAAAGAAAAUCAUGCUCUUCCUCCUCUUCCAGAUCUUGGGCGUGGGCUUCAGUGUCGCCAUCUCGCAGACUAUCGGCGCUAUUGGGUUCCCUGUCAUCAUUUUGUCGCUCAUCCCUCUGCGUUGGUCGGUCAUGCCACACUUGUUCGCUCGCAGAGAACUCGAGAUCAUGGACGCACUCACUGCAGACUCUGAUGUUGUGCUGUGCAGUCUAGGCGGCAAACCCGUCAUGCCUGAAGUCGCACUGGAGCGGAAGAGGCGCGGUUUCACAGCAGAGGAAGAGGGAGAUAGCGCACACAUGAGUGAUAAGGAAAAGGAAAACUCCACCCCAGGAGAGGAGAGCCCCGAGAUGAGGAGGAUGCUGGACUUGGAACAAUCGGGUCGCGGCAACGGGCCGUACACUGCUGGUAAGCACGAUUAA